CCGGAGCCGGAGUAACAAGAUGGCGGCGUCGGCGGAGAAACGCGGGUCGCCUCGCGCGGAGCCAGCGACACUGCCACCCUGACUCUCUGAGGCCCUUCUCCAGGCCGCGACGUCGCCGCGAAAGCAGAGAAGGCGACAGCAGCCCGGAAACAAGCGGCCCAGUGUAGUAACCGCGAAAGCUGCCCUCACCGUCGGCGGCCUGACAAAAACAAACCCGACUGCGCGGCGGUGAUCCGUCCGGUCGCGCGGGAAAGCCUCCGCCGCCGCCGCCGCCCGCUCCGCCCGCUCGCGCGGUCGAGGAGCCUCAGAGGCCGCAAACGUCCCUGAAGAGCCGUGGGUGGCCUUUGCCGCAGCCUCUGUCCUCAGGAUGGCGAGCAGCGGCGGCUCCCAGGCCGAAUUCAUUGUUGGCGGGAAGUACAAACUGGUCCGGAAGAUCGGGUCUGGCUCCUUCGGGGACAUUUAUCUGGCGAUUAACAUCGCCAACGGCGAGGAAGUGGCCGUGAAGCUGGAAUCGCAGAAGGCCCGGCACCCCCAGUUGCUGUACGAGAGCAAACUGUAUAAGAUUCUCCAAGGUGGGGUCGGCAUCCCACACGUCCGGUGGUAUGGACAGGAGAAAGACUGUAACGUGCUAGUCAUGGAUCUUCUGGGGCCCAGCCUCGAAGACCUCUUCAAUUUCUGUUCAAGAAGGUUCACGAUGAAAACGGUCCUCAUGUUGGCUGACCAGAUGAUCAGUAGAAUUGAAUAUGUGCAUACGAAGAAUUUUAUACAUAGAGAUGUUAAGCCAGACAACUUCCUCAUGGGUAUUGGGCGUCACUGUAAUAAGUUAUUCCUUGUUGAUUUUGGCUUGGCCAAAAAGUAUAGAGACAACAGGACCAGGCAACAUAUACCUUACAGAGAAGACAAAAACCUCACUGGCACUGCACGGUAUGCUAGCAUCAAUGCACAUCUCGGUAUUGAGCAGAGUCGUCGAGAUGACAUGGAGUCCUUGGGAUACGUUUUGAUGUAUUUUAAUAGAACCAGUCUGCCAUGGCAAGGACUAAAAGCUGCAACAAAGAAACAAAAAUAUGAAAAGAUUAGUGAAAAGAAGAUGUCCACUCCUGUGGAAGUUUUAUGUAAGGGGUUUCCUGCGGAGUUUGCCAUGUACUUAAACUACUGUUGUAGGCUGGGCUUUGAGGAAGCCCCGGAUUACAUGUAUCUAAGGCAGCUAUUUCGCAUCCUUUUCAGGACCCUGAACCACCAAUAUGACUACACAUUUGAUUGGACAAUGUUAAAGCAGAAAGCAGUCCAGCAGGCAACAUCUCUCAAUGGGCAGGGUCAGCAGGUCCAGACCCCUACCGGCAAGCAAACUGACAAAACUGAGAAUAACAUGAAAGAUUUCUAAACGUGAAUUACAGUACAGAAGAAACAUAGCAGAUGAUCAGAGCAGUAUUUGUUUCUCCUCUAAUCUAGAAAUUUUAGUUCAUAGCCAGUGGUUGUGGACAACCAUUUUUGGUGUAUAGAAUUUAAAUUCAUUAUAAAUUGGCAUGGGGCAGCAUUGGUGAUGUUGUAUCCUGAGUUGUAGCUGCCAUAAAUGUGAAUAUUAACUGAGAUAGCGAAGCAUGGUGUCUGGUUUUCUGUUGCAUUUUUUCAAGUGGAAGAGUUCCCUAAAUGGUUGGCACUUAAAAAUGGGGAAGUUGUACAUAGGUCAGUUUUUUGUUAAGAUCCUUUAUUUUGAACUAUACUGCUUUGAAAUCUCAUUUCAGAAGAACACCAUGAACAGUCUUCAGCCACAGUUGUGAUGGUGGUAAAUUCUCACAUUUGUACAUUCUUAGCGUCCCCCCAACCAGGGGGUUUUGCAGGUUGUUCACUUAAAACGUUCUAAAAUGAUUGGCUUCUCGUUUGCAAGCCAGCUGAUAUGAUAGCAACCACAGAUUGCAGUGUUUGAACAUAAGAAAGACUCUUGCCUGCUUACCUGUGCUAGAAAUAACAGCAUCUAAACCAAUGAGUUAAGAAAACUUAGUAAUAGAUAAUCUUUAGGACUCUGCAUUAACUCUAUAAUGUUCUUGGUACUUUUAAAAAAAAAUAUUCGUUACAAAUUUAGUUAUUACAACAAUAUAUAUGUUGCUUAGGUAACUGUAAUCACUGUAAACAUCUAUGUGGCCUGGGAAUUUGUUUUUAUUUUGAAAUGUAAGCUUUUUUUUCUGUUUACAAGUUCAUUAAAAAGUAAAAUCUGAAAAAAAUAAAUUUAUUGAAAUAUGUCUUAAA